AUGCCUACUCUCGUCAAUGGCUCGGCUGGGCGUCGGUUCGAGCUUCCCGCGCUCGACCUGAAUUUUGGGAACAUCACCGACGGCACCAAUAUCCCUCCUCCUCCACGAUCUCCGAAGGUGCCCACGCCGCCUCAGACGCCUCCCCCGACAAAGAAAGCUGGCCCCGCCGUCGCUGUGGUCAGUGGGAAUGAGACCGACAAGUCUACACCACCAAGGAAUGGUAAUAUUGCUGGAAUCAAACGACCCGCGGACGAGGCGCCAUUGAGCCCUGCUGGCUCUGCCAGACAGAACAGCCUUCGCAAACUAUUCAGUAGGAAUAUGCUCAAUACCAGCUAUGUAGAGGGCAAUUUGGCUUCCAUGGACAACGGUAGCCUGGCCGCUGGCAGCAGACCCCCUAGCCGCGGCGGCGCGAGCAGCAUCGUGGGCGGACGAAAGCUGAGGCGGAGCAGCUGGUUCGGGCUCUUCAAAGGUGGCGAAUCCAAGCGAUCAAGCAUCCUGUUUGAUGAAACCCCCUCUCCGCAAAAACCAACCCGGCCUCCCCCACCCGUGAUCCCGGAGCUUAAGGAUCUCGAAAAAGAGGAAGGAAGCCUGGGCAAUGAUCUAUUCAAAAACAUCAAAUGA